AUGCUCCCUCCUGCGUGCAUCACCUCACUGAAGCUGCUAUGGCUUCUGGCAGGUCCUAUAACUUACACUCGCGCCCGGCGCACUGCUCUCGGAGGUUGGAACAACUCAAACGUUUCUGUAGGGACGUAUAGUCAGACGAUACGCAAUAAAUCAUGCUGGAUAUGCGCCUUGGAGGAAGAAUACGAAUGCGCAUGCCGCAUGCUAGACGAAGAGUACGCCGGUCCCGAGACCCUCCCAGACGGCGACGACAACACCUACGCCUUCGGAAAAAUCAGAAACCAUGGGGUCGUUGUGGGUUGUCUACCGGCCGGCCGGUACGGUACGGAGUCUGCCUCGCGCGUGGCGAGAGAUAUGGUGAGGACGUUUCCACGUCUACGAUUUGCAUUGAUGGUGGGCAUCGGAGGCGGAGCGCCGACAGCGGAGACGGAUAUUCGGCUGGGCGAUGUGGUGGUCAGUAAGCCGCAGGGAACACUCGGGGGCGUCAUUCAGUAUGAUCUGGGUAAGCGCCUGCCCGACGGUCCGUUCAAGCUGACGGGGCAGUUGAAUGCUCCGCCGGAUAAGCUGCUCUCGGUCGUUGGGGAUCUGCGGAGGCGGUAUAAUGAUCCCAGGAAGCCGGAUUUUGUCGCAGGGCAUAUCCGGCUUAUGGACGAUAUGUUGGGGUAUCAGCGACCGCAGCGGGAUGAUCUGUACCGUGUUGAGUAUCAGCAUCAGGAGGGAAAGGCCUGUGUGGGGUGCGAUGUCACGCAAACUGUGCCGAGGCCACAGCGAAGUAGUCAGCGGGUGAUAGCCCUGCAUCACGGAACGAUUGCAUCGGGGAAUUCCAUGAUCAAGGAUGCUGCCACGCGGGACUUUUACGCCCACAAUCCAGAGCUGAAGGUUCUGUGCUUCGACAGGGAAGCUGCCGGGGUGAUGAAUAACCUGCCUUGCCUGGUCAUUCGUGGCAUUGGGAAUUAUGCGGACUCGCAUGAUAAUGAGCAUUGGCGGAAAUAUGCUGCCUUGACCGCUGCGGCGUAUGCACGCGAGCUCCUUCUUUCUCUGAAAUCGCGGGCUGUGGAUGUUGUACCGUCGUGGGUUGCCCGGAUGAAGGAUGAAGUAGUGCAAGGUGCAAGAACUAAUUGUGCUAUUGAAGACAAGUCUAACGGUUCCAGUGAGGUCCUUUUGCAGAGGAUGCAGCUUCUCGAAGACAGACUUGACCUGGUAGGGCUUCCCGAAGUCAACGGGGCUGUAUUCAAUGAGCAUAUGCACCAAUACAAAGAUGAAUGUCUCGAGGACACUCGCAGUGAUGUUUAUCGUCAGAUCGCGGAGUGA